UUUUUGGUGGAAUCCCAAACCGGCUUCAUGUCGAUGCAGAGUAUACUACAGAGCGUGCGAAGGAUUGAUGAUGAUGUCUUCCCUAGAUUGUGCGCUUACAUAGUGGAUCAGGAAGGGUUUGGGAUUCGGCCUGUGUUUCAGGAACUAACAAAAAGGAAGAUUUUGGAUGAAUCCGGAAACGAAGCACGUUUGAAUGAGGUGUUCGAUAGUAAUGCAGGAAUGCACCGCACUCGGACCAUGAGCACUUGGGCUGUUGUUGUAGUUUUGUUGUGUUUUGUAUCAGAGCGGUGCACUUCCGGUGGAAAUCCUGUAAAGCUGCUGCAGCUCACUGCCCAGGGCUUUAAAGAGCACGUGCAGACCGGAAAAACAUCUCUCAUUUACUUUGGCAAAGGCGCCGAUCCGGCCGUUCAGACGUUCCUAGAGCAGUUAGAGACGUCCGCCGUGGCGUUGGAGGACUACGGCAUGUCGGUGGCGACGGUGAACUGCUCCGAGGAAAACGUCGCGGAUUACUGCACGGAGGACGAAGUGAUGCGGAAAGCGUAUUUAUUCAGAGGCGCUGACGUCUUGCGAAGUUUCGAGAUCGACACCAUUUUUGACGUCAACGCCAUCGUGUCCCACAUGCUAUUCACGGUGCUCUUCAACGAGGUUCGCUACGUUCACACACCAGCCGAGUUGGUCGGCGUCGAAAAAGUGGCGAGGGGAAAGACGGACAUUGUGAUGGGUCACGUUCCUGCGCUCGGGCUUCCGGAGCACCGGGCUUUAAUGGAGGCGGCGUUUGUUUACGGAGGAAAGUACCAGUUUGUGCAGACCACCGGAGCACCUCUGCUCAAACACAUGGGGAUUGCUGAUGCGUCUUCCGUCCAGGCGCGUCUCUGGUUCCUCCACUGCAAAAGCGUGUCUCGCCCGUCUGAACCGUGUCCACACACGCUUAUGAGAAAGCCACUGAGCACCAUCAACAUACACUCCUUCCUUCAGCUGAUGGAGGCACCGGUCCUGACGGAGGCAGACGUGGAUCCCGAUGACGUGGAUGUGAUUUAUAAUCACCUGAACGUGCCUGUGCUGUUCCUGUUCGCUCAGGCCGAGACACUGCACAUGGAUCGAAGCACGGCUGAGAUUUUGGCCUGGAGGCUACGAGGAGAGCUCGGCCUCGUCCUGAUCCGCAGGGACAGUCCCAAGAUAAAAACUCCACUCAGAUACAACGCUGCGUAUCGACUCCCGCACGAGGAAGUGAAGUAUUUUACUUUGAAGAAUGUUGAAGAAGUCGUUAACCUCGUUCGAGGACAGCUGUUUGAGGAGGGGAAGGAAGAAGAAGCGGAGGAUGAUGAGGAUGAGGAUCACUGGGCUUCUUUAGAUGUUUUGGAUGAUGAAGUGGCGGAGUCAGUGUACAGGGACCGUGGCGUGACGCUGGACAUGGAGUCUGUCUCAGAACUCACAGCGGACACUUUCACCAGUGCAGUAGCACAGAACGGCCUCACGGUGGUGCUGUUCUAUGUUAAAUGGGACGCCGUGUCCAUGGCUUUCCUGCAGUCGUAUGUCGAGGUUGCUGAUGCACUUGAAGGUGUUAAUGAUGUCACACUGGCCUCAAUAGACUGUGGCGAGUGGACGUGUGUGUGUCGCGAUCAGAACGUCUCGUCUUUCCCCUCCGUCCUGCUGUUCCGCCUGGGCGACGACACUCGGUCCUACAGAGGCAUGAUGGGAACCGAGAGCCUGUAUAGAUUCAUCCUGCUGAGUCAUCUUCCCCCCCCUCUCUUUCUGUCCUCCUCGGAUGAAGUCCUGUCAUUCCUGGAAGGAGAUCUGUAUCACAGACACUGUUCUCUCUCGCCCAUCCGAGCGCUCGGUCUUUUCACACCUGGAGAUCCGGAUGUGGCCGUUUUUGAAGAAGCGGCGAAAAAUCUAAGGGGGGAAAUUAUUCUGGGGCUGUUUGAGCACAAGGAGGCAGAGAAAUGGGCUCAGGAGCACUCUGUGAUGCUGCCUGCUCUCCUGGUGUCUCGUGGCCCCGGAGUUCAGAGAAGAGCUAGUUCCAUUCUUUUCUCCACAUUACAGGAAAUGAUCUCGCACGUCAGGAGAGCGGCACUCGCUAUAUUUCCUGAGCUGACAGUAGAGAACCUGCCAUGGUACUUGGAGCUGAGAAAGCCUUUGCUGAUCCUGUUUGUUGGGGGAGAAGAAAGUGCGGAGACUUUGCAAUCUCUUGAGGAGAUGAGGAAAGCCGAGAGGACGGGACGGCUGGAGUCAUCACUGCCAUGCUGGAUCCAUCUGGGUCGCACGCCUGCUGGAAGGGCCGUCUUAGAGACCUAUCUUAGCUAUGUUCCUCCGCUCCCUGCUUUGGUGCUGUCACAGCUGAGCUCAGGUGGGAAGGUGUAUCACUUCCCCACAGAGCGCCCUCUGCUGUCGGAAAACAUUGUUCAGUGGCUACAGCGGAUAGAGAACAACCAGGAGCAGGCUGCAGAAACAAACUUUAGCGGGAUGCGAGUCCUCUGCAGCCUUGGACGUCUCCGUAUCUCUGUGAUCUCUGGCAGUUCGCCACUAAAGCAAACAUCACCCGAGUCAGAUAUAGUAGUAGUUCUGCCCGAGUUAUUCAAGGCCACCAAGACAAUUCAGUUAAUCCAGCCGUGAGUUACGUGCUGUUUGUAUGUCCCGCCACAGGACUCUGAGGUAAGGGACAUUACGUCAUCUUCGGAGGGACUAUUCAUUACUCAGUACCACAUAAGCAUAAGCGGUGUGGUUACCAGUUAUGACCUUACUUUACUGUAAAAAAUAAAAGUCACCGGAGUCAUUUCAAGCAAUGUCAUGAUUCAUUCAGAGUUCAUUUGGCCUUUAAAAUGUGUAAACACCAGGAGUAACUGCACUCACAGAACUACACAAUGUUAAUAUGUGUUUCUUAAUAAUUCUUCAAAAACAACAACGACAACAACAACAACAACAACAAAAAGGGAUCAAAAUUUUUAUACAGUAAAAAUGAGGAUAAAUUAUCCUCCAAACCUCGGUAGCUCCUCUACGUUUACCGUAUCUGAUUAUAUUUAUAAAUAAAUUAUUACACAUAUCAAUAUAUACCGCAACUGUAUUAAAAUAAUUUGACAUAAUACUACAUCUUGAAUGCUGGAAAUGCAAAAGCAUACAACAAAAUAACGAAAUACAGUAAACAAUUUUCCCAACAGAGGUGUUCGCAGGUUUAGAGACAAAUAAAAAUAAAAAAAAAAAGCAGAAUACUUGAAGACAUUCAUGAUUGAUGGAUCAUGAUGGAUAGAUUUGAUAAUAAACUGCCCAAAGCGUUGCAUUUAAAAAAUAACAAUAAUAAUAAACAAUAAUAAAAACUGUCUACAAGGUUAACAGGAACUAAUCAUUUUAAAC